UUCAUCGGACACGCCCCCUUUUUACUCGGUACAAGCCUCGAAGCCUGGAUUCAGAUAGCCCAUCACUAGUAGCAAGCAACAGAAAAACACACGCCCCACUACCCAUUACUUCAGACUUCGGAACAAAACGCAGUGGAACUCCAUAUAAAGUUGGAAAAGAGGAAAGGAUAGGGAGGAAGAGGAAGGUUUUAUUCCACUUUAAGGAAAACAGAAGACAUGAGAAGCUGAGAAAAGAAGAAUAACUCAGUCCAAGCCAGUUGGUGGCGGUAAUGCACAACAUGAUUGUUUGCCAACCAUAGACAUGAAUACGCAGACGCCUCGUGGAGCGCUGAGUUGUACGUAGCAGCGUCCGCCAUCUUCUAUGUGGCAGCAGAGCGAUCGGAGCACCAGAGAAAGAUGCCUCACUCAUGUUCUGCGUGGAAUUGUACUAACCGCUUUUCAUCACAAACAAGAUCCAUCGGCAUAACUUUUCACAGGUUUCCAAAAGAUAGAGAUCUAAGGAAGAGAUGGGAAACAGCUCUCAGAAGAGAAGGGUUUUCUGCUAGCUUGUCCUCCAUGCUCUGCAGUGAGCAUUUCAGACCAGAAGAUUUUGACAGGACAGGUCAGACAGUCAGGAUCAGAACUGGAGCUGUUCCUUCAGUCUUCCGUUUCCCAGCUCAUCUCCACAAGCAUGUGUUUACCAGGACAUCUAAGACCUCAAAGAAGGCACAGAAGACUCUGUCACUAGACUGCUCCCAAGUUGUUCAAGAGGCUAAGCCAGUGUCUGUGGCCAAAAAUACUUGCAUGGACACAGCCAGCCCCAGGCAUCAGGAAAUUAAGCAGGAUCACUCCUAUGCUCUGCCUUCAUCCAGUGAUGAUCUGAGGGCCAGACUCAGGGAAGCCUUGGCUAGGGUGGAGAGUCUGGAAAGGGAGAGGAGGAAUGCAAAGGACAGAGAGAAGAGGGCAAAGAAAACUGUGAGUGGUCUUUUGGAGGAUCUCAGGAUGAAGAAACUAAUUAAUGAAGAUUUGAAAGAGCAGCUCGAUCUAUACUCGGGUAUAAACAAAUAAUUUUUUUUUCUGGAUUUUUUAACUGUUUUAGAUAUUGGUUUUGUAGUUGUAUUUAAGAAUAAGUAAAAACAGACAG